CAAUUUUUGGAAUCCGAUGUCUAAUUUCAGCAAAUAAAAAAAUUAAAAUGUCAUUAUUGUUAUCACUCCGUCGGGCCGGUUACUCAACCGUUAAUAAAUUCAGUCGUUUUCUCUUGAUUGAACGAAAUCGGAAUUCUAGAUUUAUAGAACUAAACAGAACGAUGGCGAGUCAAGGAAUAUCUCCGCAAGAAAUUGAAUCACUAUGCAAAACACCCAGUCCCUCAACUAAGGACUUUCUGUUCCAACAAACAAUGUACCGCAUAAAGGAUCCGCGGAAAUCGAUUCCGUUCUACACCGGAGUUCUCGGAAUGACGCUGCUCAAGCAAUUGCACUUUCCCGAGAUGAAAUUCUCGCUGUUCUUCAUGGGUUACGAGAAUCCCAAUGAAAUACCGGCUGACGAUAGGGAGAGAACCGUGUGGGCUAUGUCCAGGAAGGCUACAUUGGAGUUGACAUAUAAUUGGGGCAGCGAGAGCGAUGACUCCAGCUAUCAUAAUGGAAACUCAGACCCGCGGGGCUUCGGCCACAUCGGGAUUCUGGUGCCUGAUGUUGAUGAGGCUUGUGCAAGAUUUGAAGAACAAGGUGUUAAGUUUAUAAAGAAGCCGCAAGAUGGGAAAAUGAAGGGUCUGGCCUUCAUUCAGGAUCCUGAUGGUUACUGGAUCGAAAUAUUCAACAAUAAAUGCGUCGCUCAGUAAUUUUUUGUCUGUAUGUAUGCGUGUAGUUAGGGAACGGCAAAAUGACUGUUUAUCUAUCUUUAUCACUACAUAGUAGAAAACAAAGGCAUUUUCUACCCUUUACGUGUCUGUAUGCUUAGAUCUUUGAAAUUACGCAACAAUUUUUGACGGUUUUUUUUUUAAUAGAUACAGCGGUUCAAGAGGUUUAUAUGUAUAAUAACAUCCAUUAACCUACUCUGAAUUUAACACGUGGGAAGCCGCGGGCAAAAGCUAGUAUAAAAUAUAUUAUAUGUACAUAUAUUCAAAAUUAUAAGAAAAAAGCAUAUGUAUCGGAUGUAAUUAUUAUCAAAUAAUAAUUCAUGUGGAAAGAAAGGUGUGUCUUAUGAGCAAUAUUUAUUAAUUACUGUUGAAAAUCAUAACU